AUUUAAUCCAAUGCUCAAUCCAGAAGCAAAUCCUCUAUAUAGAUAAGUUCUAUAUGAUGGGUAGAAGAAAACUUAUAUUCGAACACUUUAAAGUUAUAUUAUUAUAUAUAUUAACUUUAUAGAUCAUAAGAAUCAAAUUGCUCACACUGAAUAAUAUUAAUGGUAUGACAAACAGGAUUGCUUAAAAAAUACUGAUAAAAUUACUACCAUUAAUAAUCUAUCCACAAUUUCGAAUGUUUCUUAUCAAAGAUUUAAAAAACCAGAAGUAUUUAAUUUUGAUAUCAAUAAGGAUAACAAAAUCUUCACACCUUUAGAACUGAGUAAAUCAACUUCAAUACCUAUGAAAUAUUAAUAGAGAUAUUAAAGUUAACAUGCCUUAUUUCCUCUGACUUCUCCAAGAGUUACAGAAAGUUCAGCUAAAAUUAUUGGGAAAUUUAUUUUAAAUGAAGGAAGUGGGCAAUACAAUUUACCACCAUUACAACCUCCUUCAGAAACAUAUAGAAAUAGAUCAUAAGUUUUUUUUGGAUGAC